CUCCUCGUUCUUUUCUCUCUCUUGGCUUCGACGACCUCGAAGAAGGGGCAACAAUGGCGGAAGAGAAGCAUCGUUCGCGCCGCGAGAUCCCCACAAAGUACGAUCUUGAUGCCAAAUGGGACGCCUGCCUCGACCUCACCAUCCGCCGCUCCUUCCACUCAACCCUCGCCGGCGCUGGCGCGGCUCUCCUCCUCUUUCGGACCCCGACUUCACGGUGGGCAACUGUUGCUUUUGGUGCUGGAGUGGGGAUUGGAAGAGCAUACAGUGAAUGCUCUGCCAUAUUUGCUGGUUCUUCUUCGAAUGGAUCAUCUCCAAUUUCAGCUGUUCAUUCUGUGGCUUCUCAAGAAGAAGGUGAUUGAAUGACACCAACUGGAUGCUAAAACCAAAUUGGGUGCAGAAUUUUAUCGGCAAUUUUCAAUCUGAACAUGUUGUAGAACCUUUUUUUUUUCCUUCAGAUGUCCGAGGCAUAUUCGGAACUGCUGUAUCUGAUGACUAUUGGUCUUAAAUACCAUCUGCAAAAGUUGUUGCAGAUCACUCUCUUAAAUUUCUCCUAACUCUGAAACAACUUUUUUUUUUUUAAAUUAAGCAGAUGGUGAAAAAUAAUUCUUUCA